AUGGCUCCUCAUGCGGGGUUCGACCCUGAACAGAUCAGAGAUAAGGCACGCAAGGAUCUUCUUUAUCUCCUCGAAGGCGUCCGCGGAAAGAAAAAUCUCAUCAUCGAACGUAGUCUGGCUGGUCCGAUUGGCGUCGUAGUCAAAGUAUCAACCUUACAGGAUUAUGGAGUGGAUAAGUUCUUCUUCCUGGAAAACGGAAAUGCCGACACGAGCCAACGCAAUGUCGUGUUUAUGGCGCGAGGAGAGUGUGCCCGACAUGCUCAGUCUAUAGCCGACCAGAUCAAGCGACUUCAGCGUGAAAGCCAGAUCGGCCACGAAUUCCACGUUUUUUGGGUACCUCGCCGCACUCUCGUGUCCGACAAACUACUCGAGGAAGCUGGUGUGCUUGGUGAUGUGAAUAUAGCGGAGCUUCCAUUGUAUUUCUUCCCUCUAGAGCGAGAUGUCCUAUCUCUGGAGCUCGACAGCUCUUUUCAAGACCUCUUCCUAUUUAAAGACACCACACCGACAUUCUUAAUGGCGAAAGCCUUGAUGGACAUUCAAACGAAACAUGGACUCUUCCCACGUGUCAUAGGCAAGGGCGAUAAUGCAAAGCACGUAGCGGAACUACUUACUAGGAUGCGACAGGAGAUAUUGGCUGGAGAGGAUGCGAACGAGGGCACUAGGUCCGGGCUUACUCCAAGCAAUACGAUUGAAAGUGUCAUCAUAAUCGAUCGCGAAGUAGAUUUUGUGACACCUUUACUUACUCAAUUGACGUACGAAGGUUUGAUCGAUGAGCUUUGGGGAAUCCAGAAUAAUCAGGCUGAUAUUGAUUCAACUAUCGUGGGAGCUCCGUCGCAAGCCGCUUCCCAGAGCACGGCAUCUACCCCGACCCCCAGCACUACCUCGAGAAAGCGCAAAAUCCAACUAGAUUCUUCAGAUAAACUCUACGACGGACUCCGCGAUGCGAACUUUGCCAUCGUCGGUACUCUCCUCAACAAAGUUGCAAGGAGGCUACAGAGCGACUACGACAGCCGACAUGCAUCUAAGACGACUGCGGAACUUAAAGACUUUGUCAAGAAGUUGCCCGGCUAUCAAACUGAACACCAGAGCUUGAAGAUCCAUACUGGGCUUGCUGAAGAGAUUAUGAAACAUACUCGGGCAGAUGAGUUCAGCCGCAUGCUAGAGGUGCAGCAAAAUCUUGCCGCGGGUGCCGAUCCGAGUUCUCAAUUCGAUGCCAUCGAAGAGCUGAUUGCGAGAGACGUACCACUACGGGAAAUUCUGAGGCUUCUGUGCAUAUACUCAUGCAUAUCUGGUGGUAUCAAGUCAAAGGAUUUUGAUCAAUUCAGACGCUUGAUAUUAGAAGGCUACGGCUAUCAACAUCUCUUGACUUUACAUAACUUAGAGAAGCUACAGCUAUUCUUGUCUCGCACUUCGCCUAUGGCGAGCAUGAUUCCAAUGCCGGGCUCGGGGACGGCAACGGGAACUAAAACCAAUUAUACCUACCUACGCAAACAACUUCGCUUAAUUGUCGAUGAAGUCAACGAGCACGAUCCAAAUGAUAUCGCGUACGUUUAUAGCGGCUAUGCGCCACUUUCUAUACGGCUUGUGCAGUGUAUACUACAAAAGCAAUAUAUCCUCUCUAUCACACGUGGAAAUACGGGGGCCGCUGCAGGGACGGCUGCUGGAAGCGGCGCGCAAGGAUGGCGGGGAUUUGACGAGGCCGUAAAGCAUGCAAGAGGCCAAGCAUUUGACGAACUUCAGAAGGGCGAAGACAAGGCGGUUAAGGCCAGGGCUUUAUUAUCGGGGGCUGGCGACAAGAAGACAGUAUUUGUUGUGUUCGUAGGAGGUAUCACCUUCACCGAGAUCGCUGCGCUGCGAUUUAUCGCGAAGAAGGAAGAAGCCCGGAGAAAUAUUGUUAUCUGCACGACAUCAAUCAUUAGCGGGAAUAAGAUGAUGGAUGCUGCAAUAGAGAAAGAGUCUUUUGCAAAGGAAACACCUAAGCCAGCCGCUUCAUCUACGGGCUAUUCUGAUAUCACCAAAUCUUUACCCGCCGCACUUCUCGCAGAUUCGCACACUUCUUACAACGCUGAGUUAUCUACCUCUAGAGAAACGCCAAGAACAGAAUCCGAAAUCAUUGUACGAAUUGAUGAUUUAGAUAUUGAUACUGACAAUAUGGCAUCAAUCACGGUAUCACAGGAUGAAUCUACGCCUCAUCGGGCUCAAUCACCACUAAAAGACUCGAUACACCUUAGAAUUAACGGAACUCCCGGAAACUCAUUCGAGUCUCCACCGUCAGCCGUCUCUGAUCGCUCGGAGCUGACGUCCGCCCCUUCCACGUCGCCGCCCUCAAGCAAAGCGACGACACCGGUUGAUGUGGACACGCUCAAGGAGCCACUCUUAGCCCAGAUUGGCAAUAUUACCUCUAAUACCAAGUCAAAAAGACGAACGUUCGAUGUCCGCCCCCGAGUAUCUAUCCCGACGGAUAUCGCACCGCACGACUAUGCCAACCAGUGCAUAGCCGCGGCCGAGUCAUCUAGACUUAACCCUUACGCUUUACAUCAGGAUGAAUACUUGAUGUUGAGAAACCAUCUCAGUCACGCUCAGGUGACUACUUAUCUAAACAUCCGAAAUGGGAUUUUGCGAUUAUGGUUGAGUAACCCCCGAAUUGGUGUUUCUCGUGAAGAGGCCAUCGGAUGUGCCAAAGAUUCUAGAUGGUUUGACGCGGCAAACGUAUGCUAUGACUGGCUCAAUCGCUCCGGGUAUAUCAACUUCGGGUGCGCAGAAAUAUCCUCGCUUAGGAAGCGAUCAAAGAAGAUGAGCCUAGGCAAAAAGAGAAAGACCGUGGUUGUUAUCGGUGCUGGCCUAGCUGGAUUAGGUUGUGCAAGGCAUCUAGAAGCCCUAUUCCAACAAUAUGCCACAGAAUUCCAAGAAUCAGGUGAAGAGGCUCCAAAAGUGAUUGUCCUAGAGGGUCGAAAUCGCCUAGGCGGUCGGGUGUAUUCACGUGCACUUGACGGCAGCAAGAGUCAACAUCUAAUAGGAUUCAAAGGCCGGCGACACAGCGUCGAAUGCGGAGGGAUGAUUAUCACUGGAUUUGAAAGAGGUAACCCUUUGAACGUUUUAUUGAGAGGUCAGAUGGCGCUACCCUACUAUUCUUUACGACCUGACACCACCCUUUAUGACGCGAACGGUAAGGCUGUCGAUGAGAAGCGUGAUCGGCUUGUUGAAAAGCUUUACAAUGAUUGCCUCGAGAGAGUUAGCGAUUACAAGUUUAAGAAUCCGCCAUCGAAACUCAUAGAAGGCAACAAAGACUUGAUGGACGAGGGCCGAGAUAAUCGAGCGACAGGUAAAACUCAUGUCGAACCAGGUACCCCGGCUGUUCUCAAGGCAGCGUAUAAGGCGCGCUUAAUGGGCUGGACACUCAAAGACCAUGUCACUGAGGACCACGACCUAAGUCUUGACGCAGCAGCCAGGGCUCCUAAUGCUACACUCGGUUCUGUCAUGGAUGAAGCAAUUACACAAUACAAAGAUAUAGUCGAUCUCACGCCCCAAGAUUUUCGACUCAUGAAUUGGCAUAUAGCCAACCUCGAGUACAGCAACGCCACGAAUUACAACCAGCUCAGUAUAGGCGGUUGGGACAUUGACGCUGGAAAUGAGUGGGAAGGAAAGCACACGAUGGUUAUUGGCGGUUAUCAGAGUGUUCCAUGGGCUCUGGCGAACACACCUUCACGAUUAGACAUUCGAAAGAAUACGGAUGUCAAGCGAAUAUUCUACGACCCUGAGGGCUUGGGAACCACUCGAGUCGAAUCUGAAGAUGGAACUGUGCUAGAGGCCGACUAUGUCGUUUCAACCAUACCCCUCGGAGUUUUGAAGCACGGCCAUGUCGAGUUUAACCCUCCUUUACCGUCUUCCAAAACGGAUGCGAUUGGUCGCCUAGGGUAUGGUAUCUUGAACAAAAUUAUCUUGGUCUACGCGGAAGCUUUUUGGGAUACGACUAAAGACAUAUUCGGCUGUCUCCGUACGCCGAAUUCGCGUCACAGUGUCAAGCAAACUGACUACGCCUCGCAACGCGGACGGUGCUUCCAAUGGUUUAACGUAUCAAAUACAAGCGGCAUCCCGGUCCUUAUCGGCCUCAUGGCUGGAGACGCCGGCUUUGAUACUGAGCAUUCGGGAAAUGAUGAACUCGUUGCUGAAGCUACUGAAGUCCUUCGGGGUGUAUAUGGUGCUAAGGUCCCUCAACCGGUCCACUCUAUAGUUACACGUUGGGGUUCUGACAAGUUCGCUCGAGGAUCGUAUUCUUCUGCCGGUCCUUCAAUGCGUCCAGAUGACUACCAGACGAUGGCUAAGGCGGUUGGCAAUCUAUUCUUUGCGGGCGAACAUACAACCGACACCCAUCCCGCUACAGUACACGGUGCCUACUUAACCGGUUUACGUGCAGCUUCGGAAGUGAUUGGCACUAUGCUCGGUCCGAUUGAGGUUCCGACGCCACUUGUACUACCGAAGGAUUCCGCAUUCUCUUCUCGAGGAUUGAAGCGAAAAGAGCCCAGCGAUGGUUCACUACCCCUCUCCCCCAGGUCUAGCAAGCAAGCUCGCAUUGCCGAGUAUGAGCUCGCUACUUCCCAACAUAUCACAGCGCAAAUCGGGGAGCGGCCCUGGCGACCACAAAAGGUUGCAGCGAAUGCAUAUCUCCUAUAUAGCAAGAUCUCAUUCGAGGUGGCACGCAAGCGCUGCGAAGAAGGCCGCCGUCCCGGUAAGGGUAAGCCGAGCCCUAACGAAGUACGAGUCAUGACAAGCAAGAUGUGGAAGGAGGCGCCGCAAGAGGAGCGCAAGCCUUUCGAAGACCAGGCCGCCGAGAUCAAGGAAAAGUACAACGAGUCAGUGAAGGCCUGGGACGCUAAAGUUAAGGAGUGGGAUAAGAAAUGCCUUGAGAUCAAGGCCGAAUAUGAGAAAACCCACAAACUCGUACUCGGGGACGAAGGCAGCCCUGUUGACGAUAGCGGAAGCGGAAGAGAAAGAAGGCGCGCCAAGGUCAACAACUAUGCCGAGAGUGAGGCCAGUGACGUUGAUACUGGUAUGAAGGGUUAA